AUGUACAGAUGGGGGUAUCGGCUGAAAUCACGCGAAGACCUCCUGGAGCCUGCUGAAGAUGCUGCAAAGGUGUCGGUGAAAAGGGCCGGAAAGGUUAGAUUCUCCAACCAGAAUGUCGUCAUUAGUAGCAUUGUCGUUGGAUUCGUCUUCGUUGUUGUUGUCUUCAUUUUAAUUGGUGCUGGGGGGUUUGUCUUUGCCAUCAUCAUCUUCUCAUUCGCCGUUGUCAUUGUCACCUUCUUCUUCCUCCUUCUUAUUGUUGUUGUCGUUGUCGAGGGAGGUUGCUAA